AUGGAUCAUCUGAAACAGAAGAUGAAGCCCACGGUGAAGGUACUGCUCUUGGUGUCGUGUUUGACCGUCUUCUUGGUCUUCAUGAGUGGAUACCUGAAGGACACCCCCCUAUCGCUGGAUGUGGGCAGCGGGUCUCCUUGCCAGCAGUGUUUGUCAGAUGAUCAGUGGUUUGCAGCGCGUUUCAACAAAUCUGUUGAACCCUUUCUGUCUGCGGAACACACUCUCCCAAAAGAUGCCUUUAACUGGUGGAAGGUAAGUGGUAAGAGGCAGUUUCUUAACUGGAUUCCCUGGAGAUGAAAGAAAAAGAGGCAGAUUAUUGUAUGAUAAAAAAUUUCUAGUGAUAGAUGCUUUUAUGCUUUUUUACACUCAUUAUCCAUCACAAUGGCUCAGAGUACUUAAAGGCCACUACCAUCCAGAGCCAGCCCAAGCCUCAAUGGGGCCCUAACAGAGAUGGGAAUUGUGGAGUCACCAAGUCAUCUCCAUGCCAUGUAUUUUACAUUUAAGGGGUUUUCCCAGGUAAUAACAUAAAUAAAACCAAUGCAACCAUACAAAUAAUACCAAUGAAUGACUGAUGAAUGAUGUUCAGGGUGCCACAUAUGGUUUUUAAUCUCAAAAUGUAACACAUUCAGGAUGCUCAGUGCACAUUGCACAGCAGAAGGCACAUAACUGUAGCGGAGCGUUGACAUGUCGGCAGUAAGAAUCAUAAGCCUACAGCACUAAAAUAUUUUUACUUUAUUUUAUUUUAUUUUUUACAAUAAUAUAUAUUUGAUAAUAUGGAACGCAUCACUCAUACAUGCAGAAAAUCACAAAUAUUUCUUUCCUUCAAUUGCUCUUGGGGGGCCCCCUAUUGGCUGCGGGGCCCUAAGCAGGCGCUUGGUUUACUUAUACUUGGGCCAUCUCUGCUACUACCUGUAGAGAUUCACCAAAGGGAGGAUUGAGUAGAAGAGUUUUUGAAUCGAGAAUUUAGCAUUUAGCGUCUCAGUUUUAAACAAAGCAAAACAGUAACCACAGUAUACUUUACGGUUCCAUUGUCUUACCAUACUUCAAUUUCUGUGCAGAGAUUUGGGGCAUUAACUAUAUGAGUUCAAUCAGUUCACUCAUUGUUCUCUAAAAAAGGUUAAUACGGGUCAUUCAUAAUAUCAGUUAUCUUGCAGUCAAAAUUAUUAAAACUUACAGACAUUGUGAAAUUCCAAACAGCACAAAUUAUGCGUAAAGCUAAAAAUAACCUUCAACCACAAAAUAUACAGAAUUUGUUUGGAAUCAUGAGGGGGGUUAUCAAUUAAGAGGGGAGUGUAACUGCAAAAUUAAUCAAAUCUGCACAAGCAGAAAACAAUUUUGCUUUUCAUUCUGAAGGUUGGGACUGUUGAAUGGUAUGGGUGAGGGGUUAAAACAAUGUCCAAACAUAAAACAAUUUUAAACAAAAUAUAAAGAAUAUGUUUUUAUGGGAUACAGGGAUGUACAAUCAUAGUAACAAUCGUCAAUAUCAUCAUUGUUUUGUUAUUUUCACUGUGGUGAUUAUUUUUAUUGCUAUUAUUAUUAUUAUGAUGAUUAAUAUUAUAAUACAUAUUUGAACCAUUAGAGUAGGAGAAGGGGUAGGACUUGACUUCUUCCUACUACCUUUUGAACAUGAAUUACUUUUUGUCAUUUGUUGUUGUAUUCUAUACUUUAUUAUUAUUUUAUAUGUUCAAAUAAACUUCAAUCAAUCAGUCAAAGAAUCUGUCCAGUAGAUUUUACCAUAAGUCCCCAUUUAUAUGUACUGUACUAUUAAAAUGAGGAUUAGUAAUGAACUUAUAGAAACUGUACUCCACACUAAAUAUGUACCUCUGAGUGUGCUCACAUAACAUAGCUGCUCUGACAGAAAUCUAUGUUUUGUCAUGUGUGUCUUUUAGUAUUUACAGAAUGAAAAACGCAGCUAUGAUGUCUACAGUGAGACAGUGAGGAACCUGUUUCAGGUAUUUCCAGCCACACCUAAUGUUCAAAAGCCCAGCCCUAACCACUGCAGGACUUGUGCCGUUGUGGGCAACUCUGGUAACCUGAAGGGAUCAUGUUAUGGACCACUGAUAAAUUCUCAUAACAUCAUCCUAAGGUAAAUACUCAAGUUCUUUAAAGUUCAUUAAAUUGGUCCACUUUGACUUAUUCCUGCUAAAGAUACAGAGUUAUUUCUGUUCACAAUUUAGGAUGAACACAGGUCGUACCACAGGCUAUGAAGCAGAUGUUGGGCACCGAACAACUCAUCGUAUUAUGUAUCCCGAGAGUGGCAUGGAUUUGGAUGACGACACUCAUCUUGUGCUGUUUCCGUUCAAGAUACAGGAUCUUGAGUGGGUCACAAAAGCUCUCACCACCGGCUUCUUUGGAACGUGAGUCAUAAUUUCAAACACACUGAUAAAGUAUGACAGGAUCUUUAAUCUUUUAGUGUUAGUCAGGAUUUUAAUUGAGUAAACACCGUCUUCAGACUAGUGAAAGCUGCUUGUGCACUGAGUAAGUGAAGACUAAAGAAGAGUUGACAGUUUUGAGACACUGUUUGGGAAGCACUGCUGCAGUGAAAUGAGCCCACUUUGGCAAUGAUAACAUCUUUUAUUGACUGGGACACAACACGCCACAAAAUGUUAUUGUGAUGGGUAGACCUGUAAUCUGUUGUUCCCAUGCUAACCGAUCUGAAAGGUGUAAUCUAAUCUGAUGUGCCUCUGGGGAAGAUGGGAAACCGACCAUUUACUUUUGCUGCACACAUCAUUUGUUUCUGGUCAGCAAUCACAUGCAAAUUUUUCUGCUGACUCAUCCAAAGGCUUUUGGUGAGCAUGUGAUAGGUCCCUUUUCCAACUUUCAUUUUCAAUGCUCUGAAAUCCAUUGAAAUUUCAUAGAUGUACCAUUUGUGCAGAGAUAGGAAUUGUGGAGUCACCAAGUCAUCUCCAUGCCAUGUAUUUGUUCUGCUCUGUCACUGAACCAGCUGCUUCCAAUGAGCAGCCAGGAAGGUGAGCUCAUCAGUGAAGGCACCUGGUUCAGUAAGUGAGCAGAACAAAUACAUGGCAUGGAGAUGACGUAGUGACUCCACAUUUUCCAUCUCUGCAUUUGUGUGGCCAGAUAACUGAGAAUGAAAAGGCAGCUUGACAAAGUUGUGCUUGCAUCAUAUCACAAAAUCUGCCAGUACGUCUGAGAUUACAGAAUUAAUUGUUUUAUGAGGUCUGUUGUAGACGUUAAUGGAGCUUGAUUGUUUUACUACUCCUGCAUCGUAUAGUUGCUCUGAUGACUCUUAUCCCACAAUAAAUCCUUUAGGAAACCGUAUCUUUGCCCUAUCACAUAUCAUCGUUAAGGCUUCCUUAACUUGUAAAGCAAUAGGUUAAUGAAGUUGUGCCAUGUAUCAGAACCCUGGAUAUUUCUCUGCAAGUUUGAGCAGCCUAGCGCAUAGGGGGAGGAGCGUGCAAAUGAUUGUCAGCAAGGACAGUUAAAAUUUAUCUGUCUGCCUAAUAGAAAAAGAUGAGUCUGUAGAGGUUUGACAGCCAACAACCAAGAAGACUUCCCUCCGAUAAAGGCUGUAACAUUACAAAAAUAAUUUUUUUGAAACCAUGUUGUAUCAUUCUUCGUUAAGUUGUUGCCAAGUUUCAAUUCUUAACAUUUUAUUUCUAACAGCUCAUAUAUGCCAGUAAGACACAAGAUCAAAGCUAAUAAGGAUUUGGUGAGUAUAAUUUGUUAAAAGUUUGUGACCAUAAAAGAAAUGCUCAGUAAAAGUCAUAAAACCAUGUUGAUGUUAUUUCUAAUUCAAACAAACAGGUGAUGGUGAUCAAUCCAGCCUUUAUGAAGUACGUCCAUGAAACCUGGCUGGAAAAGAGGGGCGGUUAUCCUUCCACUGGAUUUAUGUCUUUGAUCAUGGCCCUGCAUAUUUGUGAUGAGGUGAGGGGACUUUUGCACUGUUGCGGGGUGACGCAGCUCAAGGGAGAACAUUUAUAAUCAUUUCUUCAUGGAAAUGCAUUCGGACCAAGACGCUAAGGCAGAAGAACUACGGCUUCUGCGGUGCAAAAUGAUCAAUAUGGUGAUUAUUACUUAAAGGAAAUGAUAAAGAAAUGAUCAUAAAUGUUCUUCCUUUAACUGCGUCACCCCUCUGUAGUCUGUAAUGGACUGGACUUAUAUGUUUCUCGUUACAAACAAGCGGCUGCUGGAAGAGAGUAGGUGAGUUGUGUUUAGUCUCUUUGAUAAAGAAAUUAGGCAAAGCUGAAAAGAUGUUUGAUGGCUAGUGCUGUGGCUGGGACCCUAUAUGUACUGUUGAUGAAGUUAGGUGCUAUUCUGAGCUUUAUUUGUGGCUAUAGAGUGGCGUUUUGGUUGACAUUUGUUUUUGGCUCCUCAGCCCGCUGUGUAUUGCUAUGGUGCGGUUUUUACUAAAAUUGGUAUAACUAGAGAAGCAAGCGGUCGGCAACAUUCAUCUCUCGAGGGGGUGUCUAACUCUGUGUUACGAUGUGUUUGACCCUAAAUUAAUUGUACGCCGGAAUAUCCCUUUAACUCCUUUCAAUGAUGUUUAACAAAAUGUCCCUAAUGUUGCUGUGACAGAUUUAUACCAUUUAUGAAAAGAUGAUAAAUAGUUAGUUUACAUUAAAGUCAGAAAUGUAUUGUAAUUAAGAGAGACUUUUACUCUCAGGGGCUAACUCCUGGACAAUAGUGAGUGGUCUCUGACACCAUAAAAAUUAAGCAUCCAUCACUUUGGUCAUGGUUUAGCGCCAAUCCAUGAAUUAAAUUAUGUUAGCAACUUGCCAUAUACACCCAAAAACUUCAGUACCUAAAGUGGACAUAGAUUUUUUUGUGUUUAGGUAUAUAUCUGCUGUAUACAAAUGCUCAAUUAGCUGAACUCUAUCUCCAUAUAAAUGAUUAGCUGGUAGCAGAGGGGGUACUUAUUUCCUAGUUAUUUUCUAGAGUUAAGGUGAGGCCAAGAUUUCACAGUAAUUUCACUUUAUAUAACUCAGCUCCUCCCUUUGAGCAAGAAUAGCUCAACUUGAUAAAACAACAAAUACACAGCUAUGCAGGCAGGCAGGAACUGGUUUGGUUGCAGUUUUGUAGACAGAAAGUAGGGCUUUAUAUUUGAUGUGGGCUACUACUGGUAGCCAAUGGAGAGAGAUUAAAUCAGAGGAGUGACUUGCAGUUCUGGGUUGGCUGAAACCCAGGUGGACUGGAUCAUCUACAGUGGUAUGUGCCAAAGGAAAGGCCUGCAAGUAAGGACUGGCAGUAUUCAGUGGGUGAUAUUACAAAAGCCCAUACCAGUUGCUGUGUUGUUUGCUCCAUCAGGACCAAUACUUAGUCAUUCAAUGUUUGUUUUUUCCCCAGGUCCAUGUAUUUGGCUUUGGAGCAGACAAAGAUGGGAACUGGAAUCAUUACUGGGAAGAACUCAGGAACAAAAAGUUAAAAACUGGAUUACAUCCUGGGACUCAUGAGUAUGAGACUAUCCUAAGACUUGCCAGACACCUUAAAAUCAAGUUCUACAUGGGGUCAUGAUCCUUCUUGGCAGCAACUGGUGGAUAAUAUUUUCUAAUAUCAUGGAAAAACGUUGGCAGGAGGGAAUAUUCAGUAAGUAUGUAUUCCCUUAUUGUAUCAAUGGGAUCAGGGGUGUGGUAGAUGGAUGGUAUUUGAAUUUCUUUCGCCCGGCAGGCAAAUGCAUGUUUUGACGAUGAGACUGAUAACCAUUGCAAGAGACUGAUUGUCAAAUCAAGAUUCAUAUCUAAAGUUGUGUAUUUAUCGAUAGAUAUUGUACAUACUUCUCACUGCAGAGUGCCCUUAGUGUUUGAUGAACAGAAGACAACCAAGAAUGUCAAAUGGUUGAAAAGUGGAACUAAAAGAUGUAUGCACUAGAUCACAGUUUUCUUACAUAUAGGCCAACAAUUUCAUACUUGUGUUUGUUUUGUUAUUUUGUGGAAGACCCUGAUGGGUGAUAACUCAAGGAAAAAAAAAAAUAGAGGACACCUUUUCAUACAUAGUUUUAGUAAUUUUUAAAUAAGCACUUCAAAUCUUUGGUUUUCUGUACUUAAAAUGGCUGAAGUUGAAUAAGUAUGGUGGUGUAUUUAUAUAUGUUAAAUCAUAGAGGGUGCUCUUGCAAUUCUUAUUAUGCAGCAAAUCCUCAUUUCACUGCAGUGUGCUGGAGAGUCAUGAAAUAAGAGAACACCACUUAUUUAAAUCCAAUAACAAGCCAGUUUGUAAUUCAUUAAAAAUGUAGAAUAUUUAAGAAUGCGGGUUUGCAGAUCAUCAUGCAGUGAAACAGUUAUGACUUUGUUGUGACUUGAUAAAACGCAGCAGACCAACACCACAGGGUGACAUGGCACCACAAACCAGACUGUGGAAACUCCACACUGGACAUCUAACACCUGCCUCUCCAGCCUCUAAAAGAUAGAUAGGAAUGCAACAGUUGUAGUCUGUUUCUUACAUGGGUCUAUGGUCCCUGAUGCACAGGCACAAGCCCCAGUCCACUCUCACAAGUGAAGCUGUCCUAAGGUCUUAAUAUUCUUCCCAAGACUACGAUCUUCUCUUUUACUUAUGUUUUCCUACCUCAUCACCUCUUCCAACACUUUUCCCUUCCACUCAACUUUCUAUUUAUAUACAACAAUCUUUAUUUUGCCAGAAUCGAUCUGUUGCCAAAGGUAAUUUAAGCUGGUGAAUUUAUAAUAAAAUGUAUCAGAAUUACAUUAAAACAAUUUAAUGAUUUCACUGUCUCCAAGUGAGGAAAACGGAACAGCUUAGCACAAUUUCCAUUUUUACUAAUGCAAAGUGUUGUGGCUGUUACUGUGGACAUAAUGUUUCAUAAUUUUCCACUCAUGUUUCUGACCACUCUGAUAUUUGUAUAAUUUUUGUGUGUUUAUUUAUCAAGUUGUGGGUGUUAAAAUAUCAGGAAAUAGAUAUGUUUGAUCUACAGGAAGACACAAGACAAACAUUUGACUGUAUUUGCUUGAAGUUACAGGAUGUGUACGUAUGUGAAAUUAUAUUAUCAUAAAAAUGUAACCGUAAAAGUUAUAAAUAAACAAGAAAAUCCUCCACUGUACAGCAGCACGAUUAUUAAUACACUCUGUACUCAUCCUGAGAAAACAACAGGUGUUGAAGUUGUGGGUAAUCACAAGGGACUUAAUGUCUUAUUCCUGUGGGUAUGUUGAGUGGUUGAGACUCCAUGGUAACAGGUUGGCUCUUGAGUUGUUUUGUAACCUACCUGAGCACAUACAGGAAUAUAUUUACUAUGUGGUCUUGUUCUUUGAAAUGCACAUCUAACAUAGGAGCAAAUUUAUGGCAGCAACAUAUGCUGCCUAAACACCGGGGACAUAAAACUGAAGCUGGUUGAUGGUGGCCUAUUUUCAAGAGCAUGCCCCACUGUCCAGUAGAGGGCGUGCUUCAGAUUUGUAAAAUGAGUGGGGGUUUGACUGAAAGUUUACAGCCUCAUUCAUGAAACCAGGAACUGCUCAACCUCUGUUUCUUCUUUCAGAGAGCUGAGGGUUCCGCUUCUCAAACUGUAGAAAACCUUUUUCUAUUUCAUUUGAGAGUAAUUUAGUUUAGUUGUUCAUCUGUACCUCAGUCUUUUAUAUUGCAGUCUUUUUUGUUUUGCCAAGUUUGUAUGCAAUAAAUAAAUUUGUCAAUUAUUACCAUGCUCAAAUAAAACAGGGAAACGGAAAGAGAUCAGCCGAGUUCUUGGGUAAAUACAGUAUCCUGCACAUGAAGUAAAUGUUGCCAAACCUUGUCAGCAAACCAGGAAGUAUUUUUAUUCCUUUAACUAUUAUUCCUUUUUAAUUUUCCAGAGGGAACCUUCCCAAAAGGAUAAAUAAAGUUCUAAUGUAAUUUUAUCUAUCAAUCUAAUCUAAUCUAGUAAAAUUUAAAAAGUUCUUUGGAAAAUGUUUUAUCUGCUUAAUUACACUCUACAAUUUAGUAGUUUAGCAUCUGCAUUUUAAAUUGUGCAUUUUAAUUCACUUAUUUAUUUAAAAUAUUAUGUUGUUAGUAAAUCUUACUUUUAAGGCUUCUGUGAAAACAAUUGCAGGUAAUUGCAAUGUUGGCAUACUGACACGAUUGCAUGAAGGUUUUAUAUCUCUUCACCUUUUAAUUUUUUUCCCCUAUGCAAAAUUCAUUAAGCACCCAGGCAGCAAAUGAUUGAAUUAAAACCACUUGUUUAAGGGACAGGGGCGUUUAUAUGGUGACCGUAAAUACAGGACAUGUCCUGGAAAUGGGAUGUUUGGUAACCCUUGCAUCUAGCUUAAUUAAAAACACCUAAAAUUUGAGGACAAACCUCUCAGUGAUACGCACAGCCUAUACAUUAUCAAGAUUAUUCUCUUUUGUAUGACAAAAAAACUCACUGAGAAAAAAAAAAGAUUAUUCAUAUUAAAGCUAUAACAGAUAUCCUUAAACCAAUAAGGGUCCGCUCAUCUAUAUUUCAACACCAAUAUAUUUUAUCAAGAAGCUGAGUCAGCGCUGAGACGACCGGUAUGUUUAACAAAGGAGUGACUUACUUUGCAGGCAAGAAUAAAACAUGUGUUUGUGUUACAGGAUCUCAGACUAAACUGUUACAGUAGUAAUCUGUUUGUAUAAGGUCCAGAUCAAAGCAUCAAACAAUCACUUCAAUCACACAGUACCAGGAAGGCUGAAAGAGUAUAUUUGUCUAUCAGUUUACACACCUGACCAAAGCAAAGCCAUGACUAAUACAAAAGUUUGCAUAGAAGCACACUUUUAGUAGCCAGGCUACACUUUUGGCACCAAAGCUGUGAUUGUAAAAUAAUAAUCUUUUCAGGCUUAUACCCAGUGACAACAAUACAUGACAAGAGCUCAUCAUAAAAAGGGGGAGUACACAACCAAAGUAUUUUCCAUUAUUAUAUCGUCAGAAACAGAUGAUGUUCAAGUACCUUACCAGUCCCCCAAGUAUCUUUAAAUCUUGUCUUUUAUUUGUACGAUAUCUGUGUUGAAAUAGCUGGUGACGCAGGUCAGCAAAGUUUUCUGAUAAGUAUUUGCAGAAUAACUCACCACAGGAUGUGUUCAAGAUGAAAUCUUGCCAAUCGACCAGGAAGUAAGCUUGUGUGGUUAUUCUUUAACCAGUUCAAUAAAACUUUUUUUCCUUUUAGUCAUUUCUAAAUCAGUGUUGUAAUCAGUGGAUCUGCUUUUCCUGAUGUACCAUGACUAGCUUAGAAAUUUUGAGCAACUGACUCUUAAUUUCCUUCGUUCUAAUAGAUAUUUAUACAGCAGUUUGUGUUGUAAAUAGUGUCAUGUAGUCGCCUGGUGUCGCCAGAUCUGUCAGCCAGCUCAUUCUCAUUUUAGCUGGUAUGUAGGUCUAGAAGUACUGCUGGGCCUUUGUUAACAUUUUUCCAUGUGAUCCGCCCCGCUAAGACAUCAAACUUUGUAAUGUUUAAUUUACUUGAAAGGCACUUUGCUUUAUUUUUUCAGACAUUAGGGCACAAAGGAGGGCAACUGCUUUUGUACACUAACUGUAACCCUAACCAUUGCGCCCCAAUUAUACCACUGUGGCCACUCUUCCUGGCUGCUCUAACACAUUUCAUAAUCAUUAUCUAAUUUUAGUGUUCCAUAUCUCACUAUCAUGAGUUGGACCCUUUUGUAUAUGAACCAGGCUAUGAGAUACAUGAUUUAUGAAUUGACUGAAGUUCUUCUUAUCUUAUCUUAAAUACGUAAACAGAUAAAAAGUACUUAGGGAUGUAAUAAUUAUGUAAUGUAAUGUAAUAAUAACAUAACAAUACUAUACUAUAAUAGAAUCAGUAUGUGGUGUUAUUUGUAUAAAAGAUGUAACAUAGAGCAAAGUCACGCAACGGCUGCAAAGCAGUAAGAUGACAAAAAAAAAAAAACAUGACUGAUUACUGCUCCAUUAUAUUUAGCAGUUUUUGUUUUUUUAUAACUACAAUUAAGGUUUAAACGACUAUGUGGUUGUUGUCAGAAAUACCCACAAAUUUUUAUCAAUAGUACAUUUUCUUAAGUGCUACUUUAUAGCCAAUGGGAGACCCUAUUGAUAAAGUGAUGUUCGACACCAUACACAAUCUAUAAUAGUUGUAAACAUUCAAUCAAUCAAAUAAAAUCCACUAACACAGGGACAAACUUUGAGUAUUACAAAUAAGGUAAACUAAAUAAAUGGUGUGUCAUUUAGACGCUAGCCUACACUUAAGCUGUUAUAUAUUUUCAUUGAUGUUUAUACUAGAGGAACAAAGGCACUAACAUACACCGGGGCACACUGAUGUUAGCAUUGAACACUUUUGUAUACAUGAUUGAAUUCAGAUUUGCAAUUUUUUGAGAACAAAUUACGUAAAAUAACAUUAUUAGCCUAGAUUUAAGUUAUUACAUUAUGAGCCAGAUUUGGGAAAAUCUGUGCCACCUUGUCUUCGAAAAGUGAAUGAAUAGCCUAUUAUGUACUGUCUCUACUGUACUGUUAAAAAUGUUUGUGGAGUUUAGGGCCCUCAACAUUUUCUGAAAUGUGGCAUUGCCGAAAUACAAUUGGCAGCAAUUAGGCUCCCACACAAACGAAGUUCAUAUCUUUUUUUCUGAUGCAAAACCCACAAAUAUGGGAAAACAAGACAAAAUAAAAAAACUAUACAAGCAUGAAAAUAUAUUGCCCCUAUUCAUUGGUGGUCAAGCACCAUAAGCAAACCUGAAAAAUAGGUUGGUAACUAGACACGGAUUCAGUGGAAUGAUGUAAACACACAUCUAAAGAAAACAAAGCCUCUUGUAAUAGUAGACUCUGGGAAGAUUUCUGGAGCCCCUGGGUGGAACAAGGUGUUCUCAAGCCAGUAGUUCUAAGGUGGUUAACAAAGGAGAGGGAGACUCAUAUUCUUUUAUCAGCUUUUUUAAUAAAUGCGGUCCUGAAUCCACUACCUCUGGGUAAGAUGAGCCAAAGGGUAAGUUGAGCCAUCCCCUGUUGCUUGGAAACGGUAAAAGAAAUUGAUCAUGUGACCAAAUAUUUAGAAGAUGGACAACAAUUCAUGGAGUCUCUGAAGGUUAGAAGCACAUGGGUGAAGGAGUUAGACAUUUAUUUACAAAAAAUAACAUUUUUUCACUCUUAAAAGUGAAUUUAGUCUGUCAUAAGUUUUUUUUUUUUUUUUACCAAACAGCUUUUUAGCAGUUAAGAAUAAGAAUUGAUCCCCAAAGGAAUAUUUAAUUGUCUGUCGUCUCAUUUGUCAUGUCAAUCUACAACCCCCCCCCCCCCCUCUUAUCACAGUGUGAUAAGAAACUGAUAACCACAGGUAACCGGAACAACUUCGUUCUCAUUCAUCCUUGCAGCGCCUCAGCGCUUCACACAAUGUGGAAGCUCAAAGUGGGUUGUUCCAGCAGCGAAACUAGACACUCAUUGGAUAAAUGCUGGGCUUUGUCCCGCCCAUCGGACGCUCAGCGUCUCUGGAGUUCUAUGAUGAGAGGGCGGUCCCAACUUUCUCGCGGACGCUGAGCUUCUGCAUCCAUGAUUGAAUGAGCUGUCUGAGGCGAAAUCCGUUUUUGAUUGACAGCUAAAAAGCGAAUCAGCGAUCUUGAAGAAUAAAACAUCUACCAGAGCAUUUUCCAAGUUAUUCAUUCCGUUGUUCUUAACUGCUCCGGAGACUUUACGGAUCCUCAGCGACUUUUGUCUUUGUUAAAAACGAAAAAAAAAAACACAAUUAUGAUGUAGGCCAGAAAAAUGAGCUUCCCGUCCUUGAAAGACCAGCAGCCGCCACUGAUAUGUAGUAGGGAUACGGUUCAACUUACCCUGCUCCCCCUGAGACCACUUUUUUGGCAUGCUAUAUUAUCAAGACAGUUAUGUUUACACUCAUUCUGUUGGUUUGCAGGGAUGCACAACAUCUUGAAAUAUAUGCAGAUACACUAGUUAGAGACAAAACUAUGAUUGUCUUGAUGUAGUGAUUCGAAAUAUGAAAAAUGGCUCAUCUUACCCCAGUCUCCCCUACCAUUACGUUGGCCACAGGUUUCUGUGCUGCCUUGCUGAGACAGCACGUCAUCAGACCUGUAACGGGAAGCGGGUGUCGUUUGGGGUUUCAUUCAGUCUGCCGGUGAGUUAACGACAGGUAGGGGUUAAAUUUAUGGGGAGAUUCCAACUAACCCAAACACAGAAAGCACCGGUUUAAAAAAAAUGACCCUUUUAUUACGCAACUUUCCGCCAAAUGUGCGAAUAGUUGUAACAGCUGUUCAGAUAGGAAGCGAAGUUAAGUUUCGCAAUGGUGGUUAGAUAAACACGCGAAAUAUGUGUGUGCUGAAAAACAUAGGGAGUUUUCGGAAAGUUCAACCGCUACUGUAUCUGCUACAAUAUAAGACGCACUGGGUAGGUGGCCGCUGUCAACGGGGUCACAGUCUGCACCAUAGACUGUAUGGUCUGAACACACAAGGUGUUCUGCUGUAGAAUGCAUCCCUGCCGUAGAACGCACAACAGGUGUUGUGCCGUAGAAUGCAUCCCCUGACGGGAGAGCGGUUCAAAGUAAAUAACAAGGCGAAAAAAAACAAGAUCUCCUUAACAUUGGAUGGAUUCAAAAACGUGUGUCUUUAAUGGUUUCUGUGAGGCUAUUCAGAUAAUAUUUGCUGUCCCGAAAAUAUAACGUUCUCUACCUUGACAGCUAACUGUACUCUUUACAUACCCAAGUACAGCUCUAUUGUGCAUUUUUGAGACACAUAAAAACAGAACGAAAGUUAGCUUCUCCAUUUGACAUGUUGUCAUAAUCCAAUACUCGAGUAGUACACUUACAUCUAAAAGGACCGCUUUCUCAAACCACACCCUCUUUUGUCACGGAAGUGCUCAGUCCCGUGGGUUUGGUGAGAUGUCAGCAUUGCUAGAUGGUCAUGGAGUGGAUUAAUUCUCCCAGAAACUGAAUGGAGGAAUUCUAGUCAGAUAAAACGGAGAAACUGCUGAAUGUCCGACUGUCACCACAGGACGGGUAGAAUUUCGCUUCUACCAGGUAAGACAGCAAGAAAUAAACCACUCAAGUUUGACAACAGCAACUAACAAAAACUUGCAUUGCAGCAGAAAAACGGCUAAAUUCACCUGGUAUAUGAAUUUGUUUACACAGUGAGCUCUCUCGACUGCUUAGCGUGUGACAAUGUUGAACAAAUAAGAGUUUCUCUGUCUGUUAUCAUGUCUCUGUUUUCACACUUGCUCUUUUUAGAUCAUGAUCACAGAUCGAGACUCACAGAGAAGAGAUGAAUUCUAAAGGGAAGGCGCUUGUCUUCCUGCUGUGUGUGACCGGUGUGUCUGUGUUGUUGAGAGGAUAUGCAUUGAAGUACUGCGAUUUGAAGUAUCAAAGCAUUUGUGCCUGUAAGAGGUGCUUAUCAGAAGAUGAUCAGUGGUUUAUGAAGUUUGUCAACAAAUCAGUUAAACCAUUUUUAUCAGCAAAUACCAGUCUCCCAGAGAGUGCUUUUAACUGGUGGAAGGUAAGUGACCACCUAGAUUUACAUAAACAUUUUAAUUGUCUUAUAUGUAGCCUAUGUUGUGUGUUCAUUCACUGAUAUGGUGUGUUUUUCAGCGCUUACAAGGAGAAAGAGGCAGCUACAGUGCCUACAGUAAAACAGUAGAAGGACUAUUUGAGAUAGUCCCACCCAAACCAGAUCUUGUUGAACCCAGUUCAUACCGCUGCAGGACGUGUGCUGUGGUUGGUAAUUCUGGCAACCUGAAGGGGUCACGUUAUGGACCUCUAAUUGAUUUUCAGGAUGUUGUCAUAAGGUAAAUCCAGGGCUCAGAAAUAAGUUUCUGUUUUGAUUGUGUUCGGUCAUUUAAAAGUCUAAACAUGAAUCUAUAAAUCAAAGCACAAGUAGUCCCCUGUGGUUUUUCUGCACAGCUGAGAUCUAACUAUUUCACUCUGUACAAUGUAGAAUGAACACAGGUCGCACCAAAGGCUAUGAAGCAGAUGUUGGGAAUAAAACAACUCAUCAUAUAAUGUAUCCUGAGAGUGGCAUGGAUUUGGAGAACAACACUCAUCUUGUGCUGUUUCCAUUCAAGAUACAAGAUCUUCUGUGGGUCACAAAAGCCCUCACCACAGGAUUUACUGGAACGUGAGUCCUGUCCUUACAUCUUAUCCAUAACGCUUGUCAUUUUUUGUGUAAAAAAAGACUCGUUACAUUGAUAAUAUAUUUUUUUAUUACUUCGACUGAUCCAUUCACCGACGUACCAUUGAUUGAGUCACACAGAGCAGAUAUCAUUAUAUCUGUGUAGAAGUCAAUUAGAGGUUCUUCAAACAGAUUUAACUCCUAAACCUGUAAGUAAGAGUCCACUAAAAUGGACUUGCUGGUUUAUUCAGGACACGCCAUAAACAUACUUUUUAAAAUGUUAGGGGUUCUCAAUAGUUUUCCCAAGUCUGUCUAACUUGUUGCAUGUACCAUUUUGCAUACAGAUGCAACAUUAUACCCCACUCUAGACCCCUCUAUUAUGUUUGAAUGCAUGCUUUGCACAAUUCUAGCCAGACCUUAGCUUAAGUAAAUGAUUGAAGUUGUUCUGACUGUUGGAAGGACGGGAAUGGCAGGGAUGGGCAUCCAUGGGUGAUGCCGGUGGUGGCUCUCUUGGUGCAAGUUGUGAUUUUUUUCAAAGUGCUUUUAGUGGGUGCUAAUUUACCAUGCUUAUCGCCUCUAUUGUGGGAAUCAACAAAUAAAAAAUGGUGAAUUAAAAGGGAAAAAAGGAAGAUUGAACAAGACAUGUUUGGACACACAUUUGGCAGAGACAAAUCUCUAGAAAAUCAGAUUUAACUAAAGGUUUGUUCUUGGAUUAACUAGGAUUUAGUGGCUUUCUUGAAAGUACUGAAGUGUGAAAUAUUAAGGUAGGGAGUUUGAGUUUCUGAGCAAAAGAUGUGUGGCUGAAUGAAAACUAGUAUUACCACUUGAAGCUGCCGUGGGCCAAAAUAAAAGCUGGCCUUGUCUUUACUAUCAAGGCAAAAGCAAUAUACCUGUCUUCCCUGAUUUAACACUUCUCUUUUACUGACCCUCGUGGCAAAGGAAACACAACUGAUUUUCAUGAUUUGGAUAUGAACUUAGUACCUCACAGUCUGUACUUUUUGUUGUACUUUGUAAGAUAAGAAAUUUUACUGGCUUACAGGAAGACCAGGUAGGAUGUAUUAGCAGUUUAUCAAGUGUCCUUUUCAUGCUGCACACAGGAUAUGGGUGUUUUAUGACCGUAUUUGUAGAGACACUAUAUUUGCACAGGUCUUACUCAUACUUUUCUUCCCAACACAUUUACUCAUUCUCAGAACAAUAGAGAAACACUUAGUGUCAUAAUAAGAUAAAGUUUUCAAACUAUUUAAAUAAUCUCAAGGACAUUUUAAAUUCCUCAUUUUGUAAUGCUUGAUGUUUUACUGUAAGGAAAUAAUUUGUAUGUCCAUGUGCACUCAGAACAAUGAAGUGACGUCAGCAGUUGAAUGGUCACAAAACUGGAAACACCUUUCAGUGCCAAGCAGGAACUUUUGUAUCACAGCUGUCACAAAUAAUACAAAACCGUCAACAAUUCAACUUUUAGGUUAAUAUUUUUGAGUAUGGUGGCGAAUUGGUUUAUGGUUCACAUGCUUGAUCAUCUGUGCUUUUGGUUUCAUUGAUAAGGAAUGAUAGCUGAUACUUGACUACACUCACGUAGACUAGCAAAACUCGUCUUUCAGCUUGUACAUGUGAACCCCUUUGACUACUAUUAUCUUUUGUCAGUGUGUUUCUCGCCUGGUUGUGCAGGUUUGUGUUCCUAUCUCUAGAGUUUCCACCUUGGCCUCAUUUUGGUCAGUUUUACUACUGACAGGAACUUAAUUAGGCCAGUAGUAUUCACACAUUGUUUUGAACUUAGUUUUCUCAACCUGAAGCAAAAAUAAUAUCUGUAUAGAUUUAACUUGAACCAAACAAGAGGUCUAGAUUUUGCCAUCAAACAAUGCCCUUGCUCCAGAGGAAGAGAAAACUUUUUCUCUUUUGUAUCUAUUUUUCAUAUUCCUUUGUCUAUCUGCUUAGAAUUUUCAACCUGCACCUUCUUACUGUGCCCCUCUAUUACUUUUCUUGAACACUCAUCUGUAGGAACUGAUUUGCAAAAAAAGAUGAGGCAUGGCUGAGCGUGUGACCAAACGAUGUUUAAAAGGGCUGGUAUGCACGCAGUCUUAUUCAGUAAGCUAAACCAGAAUGUUUUCAUAGUACACAGCCCUUUUUCUGUGGAAUAAGUGUGCAAGACCAUUCAGCAACAGACCUAGAGUCACCUGCUUGGCCAGUUCAUCCACACAUACUAGCACCAAAAUUACAGCCAGUGAGCUGAGAGCUGAAGUAGAGGUAAGGUAAGAUAAGAUAAGAUAAGAUCAUUUCCUUGCAAACAUAGAAGAGUAAGUACACUCAUCAUGCAAACAGUGCACUGGUCAUUAUGGAAAAGUUAACUUAGACCUCUACAGAAAAUGUUUAUACUAAAUAGAGAAAAAAAUGUAAGCAACAACAAAAAACUAAAAUGGUUCUUUACACUGUGAAUAAAAAGAAUUGGACAUGUUAUUGCACAUUAUUUGAGUUAUUAUACCUGAGAAAAAUGAGGAUUUUUGCAGUUAUAAAUAUCCAGCCUGUCAGUAUUGCACAUGGAGCUAGCAUGUAGUUAUUGUCUGUUAGUUGUGCUUGAAAAAUCUAGACUACUUGGAACUGGCUUGGUUAAACAGUCUGACUGCAGCAGGAAGGAAAGACUGUGGUAUCUCUCUGUCACACACCGCAGGUGAAGAAGCUUGUCACUGAAGGAGACGCCCAGUGCUGUUACAAUCCUCUGCAGGGCGUAGGAAACAUUACCCAUGACAUAUGAUAGCUUUGCCAUCAUCCUCCUGUUCCCCACCACCUCUAGAGGGACCAGAGGACAGCUCAGUACAGAGCCAGCCUUCCUCACCAGUUUGUUCAGUUUGUCCCUAUCUGCACUCGUGAUACUGCUGCUCCAGCAGAUAACUCUAUCAAGGAUGGCUGAGGCCACUACAAAGUCAUAAAGGGUCUUCAGGAGAGCACCCUGCACACCAAAAGACCUCUGUUUCCUCAGUAGGUGGAGUGUACUUUGGCCCUUCCUGUAGAGUGAGUUUGUCUUGUCAGUCCAGACCAGUUUAUUGUUCAGGUGAACACCCAGGUGCCUGUAAGAGUCCACAAUUUCAACGUCUUUUCCCUGAAUGUUCACCUGUGGGGGAGGGGAGGGUCUGCCACUGCAGAAAUCUACCGCUAGCUCCUUGGUUGAUCUGGAGGAGGACCCGCUAACACCAGUCCACAAAGAGCAUUGGGUCUCUUGGCGGUUAACUUUAUUGUGCUACAGAGGGCUAACAGCUCAUCACCGGUGAAAACAAUAGGCACGCUGCUGUGUGUGGAGACUGCAGUGGAAGCAAAUAUUUUUCAAAAUGCUCCAGUGUAUGUUUUCAGGAAUAAAAAGCUAAAUCAAAAGUUUAAAAAGGGAAAAAAACAAAACAAAAGGGGGAAGGGUUGCUGUAACUGGUGCCCCCCUGUGCAGCACAGGAAGCCUUAGAGCCAAAACUUGUCUCCUCAUCAUCAAUCUUGUUUAAGUCUGUGUGAUGUAGACCUAAAAAUAACUAAAGAAAAUAACUGACUCAUUAUAAUAUGUAGCUAAAUAAAAUUGAAAAAGAAACACAAGGAAAAUAUUUGUUAUCAUUAAGCUGUAUUUUAUUCAUCAUAAUAGAACAACACACCGGCAAGUGGUUGUUUUCAAAUUGAUUUGCUGUCAUUUAGGAUGCAGUUUCAAUAUGGAAAGGUGUGAGGGAUGCACGGCUUGUGAGGGCUGUCUAUUUGUUUAUCUUACCCAUUCAUUUGCGUAUCUUAUCCAUUCAUUUGUAUAUGUAAUCUAUCUCUAUAGCUCAAUCUAUAUACAAGUUUCCUUAUCCGGUAAGACCCACCCAGCCAUAGUGCCAAAACUACUGUCAGAUGGUUUGCCAUGAUAUGACUUUUAACUGACCAGCCAACUUUCCUGACCUGAACCCCAUAGAUGAUCCAUAAGAUAUUUGUACAGAAACACCUUACCCAAAAAUACAGACAACCUGAAGGAUGUUUUUAAAGCAAUGAGGACUUCAAUACCUUAUCAGCAGUGUCACAAACUGCAGAUCUUUUCCUUACCGUACCAUUAUGAUGCAGUAAUUUGUGGUAAAAGAGCCCUAUUUAAUUAUUGAAAGCAUAAAUCCAUGUGAAUGAAAGUAUUUAUUUGUGAUUUAAAUCCUUUUUUUUCCUGGGAAAUAUCUUGAUAAUUUUACAAGGCAGAUAUAAGUUUUAUGUGUAAAAUGGUUUGAAUCAUUAAUUUCUAUGUAAAUUAACCAAAAGAAAUAGAAUUGAAUGUAAUUAUGUUCAAAACAAUUAACCUUUUCUUUGAUACUUUUAAUUUAUUGAGAUACAUGUUUACCUCUGCAGGUUUGCUCCCAUAAAAACUGCCAACCUAGAACAGGAACAGAGAAGCCUGAACUCAUUAAAUUUUAUUGUAAAUUUCAGGGUAAAGUCCGAUGUGUUUGAUAUUGGCAAAGUAAUACUGAACUUCCUGUUGAUGUUGCAUUUUAAAGGAAUAUCUGUACUCAUAUUUACUCUUGAAAGACCUCUAAACAUCAAAUGCCUGAAAACCUGUUGCUAUUUUGAUGCACAACCUAACAUUUAACUUUUUUUCAACAGCUCAUACAUGCCAGUAAAAUCAAAAAUCAAAGCAAACAAGCAGUUGGUGAGUAGUUUUUGAAUGAUCUGUAAUAACAAAUUUCAUAAGCUGUCAGAUUUGAUAUUUGAGCUAAAAAAAAAAUCUAAAGGCAGUUUCUGAUUUAAAACAGGUGAUGGUGAUCAGUCCAGCCUUUAUAAAGUAUGUCCAUGAAACAUGGCUGCAGAAGAAGGGCAGGUAUCCUUCCACCGGAUUUAUGGCUUUGGUUAUGGCCCUGCACAUUUGUGAUGAGGUGAGUUUAUUCUCAUGGUUUGUUUGUAAUCUGUUGUAAAGCAAUAGGACAGUGAUUACCAAGGGGACACAAAUAAUUGAUCAGUGAUCUUCUAUGAGACUCAUUUGUACUUAAGCACCAAGUCUGGAAGCAUUAGCCUGACUUCUCACUGCUCGCUCGGUUUGAUCACAUGUUAUUUCCAUCAUUCACGACUUAUCUAUGACAGUUAAUGAUGAUGUGUUUAUUUCUGUUUAUCCCAGGUCCAUGUGUUUGGUUAUGGAGCGGAUAAAGAUGGAAAUUGGAGCCAUUAUUGGGAAAAACUCAAAAACAAAAUGUUACGAACUGGGGUACAUCCUGGAUCCCAAGAGUAUGAUUUCAUCUUACAACUAAAAGAGAAACAAAAAAUCCAGUUUUAUUCUGGAUGGUGAUAUAUCCUACAGGAGCGGCUGUGGCUCAGUGGUAGAGUGGGAUCGUCUCUUCUUAAUUAAAGUCCAGGAGUUUGAUCCCAGGUCCCGCUGUCCACAUGUCAUAAAUGUGUAAAUGGGAUUCCUAAAUACUGAUAGUGCUUAACAUAGACUCUGCUAUCAGUGUGUGAAUGUGGUGUGAAUGGAUGAAUGUGACAUGUAAUGUGACUCUUUCUGACCGACUUCAACACUGUGAACGUAACACCUCUGUGAACUAAAAAUGGAAAUGUACAGUCAUAGGUUAUAGGCAUAGCACAGAACUGACAACUCAUGUGAAGCAAUUGUGGCUGAUCUUGUCAAAGGAACACGGACGAAUUCAGGGAUUUUUAAUGUGAGGGAGUAAUUUAUAACAUUCAUGACAACACAGGAUAACUUGUUUCAAUUACACUCUGCUGUUUUUUUUUAAUAAUCUUUUCUAAUUGUUAUUGUUCACAGCAACAAAGAAAUGAUCACAGCACUCAGCUUGACAGGUUUUGCCCCAAUUGUAAAUUUAUUGUAAUGACCUCUAAAUUUAAUUUAUUGUUGGCAAAAAUUACAUUUUAUUUUAAUUUCUUUUGUUUGCGGUGAAAUUAAAGUGUUGACAUAAACAUAAAAUGUCUUUUGGACGGUAAGUUUAAGGUAAUAGCGCAUUGGGUGUUUUCUUGUACAAAUGAUAGAGACUUAUGGUUUUCUAUUUUGGCAAACAGUAUAUCUCCCAGGUGUCCCCAGCAGGUGAAUGCUGCUGUUGAAAGAAGGAUGGGUUACCCACUGGUGUUUGUAUAUUUAUUAAGUGUAAACUGCUAACAGUGAAUUGCCUUUCUAAAUCUCUUCCACCAACAUAAGUAGACUGAAAGUUUGUUAUUAUUCAUCUAAAUGGGAUUUCUUAUUGAAUGUAUGACAAAGUUUCUAAAGUGAAGGGAAUUUUGGGGGCAUUGUUAAAUAUUCUCAACCUCAUUAAAUGGAUUGAAUUGAUGUUGGCUCGGUAUGUUGUUUCUUGAGUCUAAAGUUCAGAUCAUUUCACAAAACCUGGGAUUUUCAGCUGCAAUAUAUGAUCCUGAAUCUUAACAGACUGAAAUGACAAUAGGUUGAGGCUCAUUGCCAAAUGUCACACAAGGUUCUCUGAGCUGUGUUUAUUCACCUGCCAAAACCUGACAAUUAAUGGUACACUGGGGAUUGCACAAUUGCAGUUAGCGUGACGUUAUCACAAAACCACCUUGCCUCCAUCCCUUUUACAAGAGUGCAUCCAUGCACACUGCGUGGCCUUGGAAUCCCCAGAAUUCUUUGCGUGCCGCUGUACAGGUGCGUAUUUUGGGUGAGACUUCAGACUCGCUUGGAGGCACAGUGCCUAUUCAAAAAAAGAAAGAAAAUUCCAAAACACAAGACUUGGGGUAAAAGUGUCUGCUAAAACAACAACAAGAAAAGACAUUGUGAUUUACAACGAGACAGUCAGCUCAGGCUCCAUGGACCUUGCUCUCUUCACUCACUCAAAUCUGCACCUGCAAACCCAAUAUUAUAUUCUUUAGAAAAGACCUAAUCCGCUAUGCUGCUACAAUCAAAAACAUUUGAAAUAAGGAAGCUGCCAAAACAUAUGCCAUUAUGAAGAAAUUUGGUGGAAAAUUCCUUUCCUCUUUUUGGUUGUAACUUUCUUGUUUGUAGUAUAAAGUAACCCCUGCGUGCUUGUAUUCUUUGUUUUGUGUCUGCAUCUUUUGUUUUGUACAUAUGUUUUGUAUGUAUUCAAGGUGGCACAAUUAAAAAAAAAAAACUCACUCUGAGGCUUUUCUUUAAGUCAGUUGUGAUGUGGGCCUGAGGGCGAGGACGUUUGGUGACGCAACCGGGAAGUCCAGAGGGUAAACCCUUGGAAUUCACAAAAGCGAUCCACCUUAUGUAGAGCCAAAGGCUCUGAAUUAAUUUGCCUAAAUAGGCUAAGUGAAAAUAUUAAUGAUAAUCCUAUUAGGCUAAGUGUUCCAGCAGUUGAGGUGGUCCUGGCUAGUUUUACGAGCUGGGUGAGCCAUCCCUCUCUCCCUCUCUCUCUCUCUCUCUCUCUCUCUCUCUCUCUCUCUCUCUCCAUAUAUAUAUAUAUAUAUGGAUGCAUGCACAGAUUUCCGUUUUUUCCAACUUUCCUCAUACCUUUUGACAUAAACCAAUGAAUUAGCUACAUGUACCUUUGAUCCAUCAUGCAAAGGUUCAGAGGUCAGUCUAACUCCAAAAUAAACUUUUGCAUCUACUCCUGAAUUGUUUCCAUGUGGACGAGGCCUCAUUUAUUCAAACACAACCUCUGCAGUUACAAAAUGAUCCCCCACCGGCCUGCUCCCUGCCCCUUGCCUUUUCUCUUGACAGUGGGUGACAGACAACCUGUAAACAUGACUCUCAACAGCAAUGAUAACAUGAUAAGAGGGUCACCCCAGUGCUCACUCCACUAACUUGACAUGGUAAUGAGCAGUCUCGACAACUGGCGGGUUUUUUCGUUUUUAGGCCCUUGCAUAGAAUGCACCCUGGGCGGUCGCCGAUAUUGCCCACAGCAAAAAAUGCCUCUGUCCAGUAAAGUCCAAUACACAUGCUACAGAAACUCACAACUAUGUUGUGGUUCAGGUUUUCAUGCGAACCCUCUAACAGCAGGCCUCUAAAGCUCAGCCCUUUCAAAUGACAGUGCCUGACACUGGUUGAAAGGACCACCAUCACAAGACUUUGUAUGAAGAAAAAACAUUUUUUCCUAAGAUUCUGUUGAUGUUGGAGAGUAAUUGGACUUCUCUUGGAUAUUUUUUCCCCUUGACAAGUAAGACAACAUUAGGUCAUCUUUUUUUCUCAUAGAUCUCAUCAGAUGAUGCAUUUAGGAAUGACUACUAUUCUCUAAAUUCAGUCAAAACAACAGGCUUAAAGGACUCGCUGAAUAGCUAAAUAAGCUUAGUUGUGACUUCACUUUUAAAUUAAAGUGGCAAUAACAAUGUCUUUUGUUGUUGUAAGGGUUUCAGGUUCAUAUUCUCAUGAAAUAUUGCCUCCACAGACCAGAACUGAACCAUUUUAAGGACUGCUGCUACGAUGCUCUUCAAAAGACCACUGGUUUCGAUGCCCCUCAUAUAUUUCUUUGCCACCGGGACGUUUUUAACAACUACGUGGAUUUUAUCUUACAACAAUUAUUUUCCACCUCAGAACACAACCCUCUGUGCAUGUCAAAACUGUAUAAUGGACUAUGAACCAGGAUUUAGUGAACUUUUGGAAAAAGCUCCUGAGCCCUUUUUGUCAACAAAAAACAACUUAUCUGAGAGUAUCUUUAAAUGGUGGCAGGUAAGGAUCAUCUUCUGCAUCUUGAAGUCUCAUAUAGCUGUUGGCUGUAACAGUUUAGGCUGAGUAGAAAAUAUCUUUUGAUGAUGUUUGUUUCAGCUCACAGGAUUUAUCUUUAUAUCACAGAGCUCCUUCCUUUUUCUGCCAAAAUAUGAGACAACAAAAACAGUAAUAGUUUUCAUGACUGCAGUAUGAUCAGUAAUAAUCUUAGAGACAUUUUCAAGCCCUUUUCAAAACAAUAGAAUAUUUACAAAGAAAGUUAUUUAGUAUAUAAAAAAGAAAGAUCACUGCACAGACAUGUUGAUUGUGAGGGCCUUUUUGUCAGGGUUUACACAUUUCUUUGUCACAGAAAACUAUGGAAGGGCAGUGGUGAGUUUUCACAUAAAACCAUGAUGUGGGAAGACAGAUAAGUUUUCUAUGACUUUAAUUUCUAGAAAAUGGGAUUACACCAUAAAUUUGUGUUGUGCUUUGUUUUGUUUUGUUUUGUUGCAGCGUCUGCAGGGUGAAAGAGCUAACUUCACUUCGUACAAUAAAACAGUGGAAAAGGUCUUUCAGAUGUUCCCAGAUCCAGUACUGACAGAACCCAGCUCUGAUCGCUGCAGGACUUGUGCUGUGGUUGGGAACUCUGGUAUUUUGAAUGGAUCACACUAUGGACCUCUGAUAGAUUUUCAUGAUAUUGUUAUAAGGUACAGUCAAUUAAUAGCUUUUCUGUAAAACCUAAAGCAAAAUACAAUUUACCACAAACAUAGGAAUACCAUUAUUUUGAGAAGUUUGGUUUCUGAAAAUGAUUUAUUCCUGCCCCUUUUCGUGAGAUAAAAUAAAUGUCCUUUGUAUCCUUUAGAAUGAACCUAGCUCCAAUCCAAGGCUAUGAAAAAGAUGUUGGAACCAAAACUACACAUCAUGUGAUGUAUCCUCACAGUGCUUCUAACUUGGACAACUCCACACGUCUUGUGCUGUUUCCAUUCAAGACAAGUGAUCUCCACUGGCUCAUUAGAUCCUUCACUCCAAGGUAGGUAUGUGGUUUAAUUCUUGCACAAGUUAAACAUGAAUACAGAACAGUAUAAUGAUUUUUAGUGCUACUGGGAAAUUUUCAGAGAUAAAUCCACCAUCUUGUGUUACCACCAUAGCUUUAGUGUCUGUUGUCACCGUAGACUGUAUAUAGAAUUGACAUCAUAUGCCUCCUCACUGGGUGAAGCCUCCAUGGGAACAGUACCCCCUGGUGUUGGGCUGAAGUAUAGACCAUAAAUUCUGCCUCCUCCAGCCAUCCUUAUGGAGCUGCGGACAAACUUUUUAUUAGGGGGUUCACGUUUUCUAUGAUUGACACUUGAUACGGCUUAUGGGUGUAGGAAGGUGGUGCAGGUCAUCCGGGGGAUACGCUGUUUGAGCCGAGUGCCAUCACAGUGACUCUCCCACCGGACUCUACCGCCCAAAUGCCGGUCUCAGGAAAUGAAGAAAAUCAUGGAAACACCAGGAGCUUUACUUGUGGCCAUACUGCUUGUGGCUGUUUACAUCCCUCCCAGCUCCAACAACAACAACAACAAGAGUGAGGCGCUGAAUGAACUGUAUCAACACAUAUGCUGCAACCCUGAUGCUUUUCUCAGGCUUGGGGUUUCAAACAUGCUGACCCCAAGACUGUGUUUUCCAAAUUAUAUCCACACAUUAACUUUCCAACAUGGGGAAAUAACAUACCGGAAAAUGUUUUUACCUGCCAGAGAGGAACCUACAAGGCCCUUCCCCUACCCAACCUCAGUGCUUUGGACCACUUCACUGUUAUGCAAAUGCCAGCCUGGUUAAAGUCCCCCAACCAGCUAGGAAACAGGUAUGAGUGUGGGUAGACAGGUCUUUAGAGGCACUACAGGACUGUUUCGUCACCACAGACUAGAAUAUGGUCAAACAGGUUGCUCCUCUAACUCCAUCACAGACCUCCAGGAUUACACAGAGACUAUAACUGCCUACAUAUGUAGGCAGUUAUAGUCUCUGUGUAAUGCAAGUGCAUGGAUGAUGCCAAGACCACUAAGUCCAUCACUGUAAACCAGAGGCCAUGACUGACAGGAGAGGUCUACAGGUUACUGAAGGUUCACGAUCCUACCAUUAGAUAUGGGGAUGAGGAGGGCCUGAGGACAGCAAGGGCUAACCUGUCAUAUGGCAUCAGAGAGGCCAAGAGGCAAGAGUCUUGGAGGAUCGCCCACAACUUUAGUGACAGCUGAGACACUAGGGGCUCUAUUUUUGUGCCCGCCGGCAGCGCGGCGGAGGGUGGCAGAGCCCGGGCAGUGGUGUUUUUCGUAGACUGAGGCGCACCGAAGUCCGCCAAGCUGGGCGUGGUGGUGCGGUAUGGGGAAGUGUCGCCAGAAUCAGCUGGCGCAGUGAUAUUUUCGUGCCCGGCGGCGGCAUGGAAAUUGCGCUGAAAGCUCACCGAUUCAAACCUGGUCAGCUUUCAGCGCAGGCGGAGCGCAGCUGGUCUAGUGGUGUUUUGGUAGACCGGCGGCGUAUCGGCAUACGUCACCGAUGCCUCACCGGCAGGCUUCCACAGUUUCAGGCACAUUACAGCGCAAUAAAUUAUCAACAACAACUAAGAAUCUGAGUCAGCACAAACAUUCAGAUCUAUAUCGAUAUAUUCUGAUGGCGAGGUCACCGCAGAUCUGUGACAGCUCUACCUCCCUGCUAAAUGAGCUUAACGACUUCUUUGCUCACCCCAUCCAGUUCGUAUAUUGUCUCAACCAGUCUGACUCUUACGUCAGACUCGUUAAGUCAGAAUGCUGUUUACAGACUUUAGCUCUGCAGUCAACACCAUCAUCCCUCAACAGCUAAUUUACAAACUGGUUCAGCUGGGGCUCAACGCCUCGCUGUGCAACUGGCUGCUGGAAUUCCUGGUCAUACUUAUGCAUGUCUAUCCACUCGCUAUGAAGUGAGGGCAAAGUUGAAAUAAUCCAAAUGUCUCCCUCUCCUAGUCCCAGACUUAUUAUUAGUAACCAAACUCAUUGUUGAACAGCCACCUGGUAUGGCUGGGUGAGUUUAGACAACAGAAGGAUGCCUUAUGUCUCAACAAGGAAGGACAGACCGUAAUGCUUUACGUUUUCUCCAACAGAGAUAAUAAAAGCAAGGACUCUGGGUUAGAAGCUAACAAAGAUUUGGUAAGUGUCAUGACUUAUUGACAAUUAUUUUCUUAACAAUGAAGUAACAUUUAAUUUAAACAACUCAAUGAUAGAUUCAGAGAAAUGUUCCUGAAUGUUCAAAAGUCCACCUUUACUCCUGAACAGGUGAUGAUUCUCAACCCAGCUUUCAUGAAAUAUGUUCAUCAUGUCUGGUUGCAUAAUAAGGGCCUGUAUCCAUCCACUGGCUUUAUGACUUUGAUUCUGAGUUUGCACAUUUGUGAUGAGGUAGGUUCAAUUCUCACUGUUGCAGACCUAGACACUUUCCCCAAGAUAUCAAGUAGUGGUUUCCCACUUUGUAAAAGCAGAUGAGCACUUCUGUCACGGUCACAACUCAGGUAAAAAGAAAAAAAUAAGCACAUUAAGAUUCUCUAUUGUCUCUGCAGGUGGAUGUGUUCGGCUUUGGAGCAGACAGAGAUGGAAACUGGUAUCAUUACUAUGAAAAACUAAUAAGACCAAAGUUGAGAACUGGAAAUCAUCCUGGAAUACAAGAGUAUGAAGUUCUUCUUCAAUUACAUAGACAAAAAAUAAUCAGGUAUUUCAGAGGAUGGUAACCUGGGUUUCUUGUUUUUAUCUCUGUGGCAUGUUGUGAAAUCAUCUUGAGCAUUGUGGUAAAAUUAAAAGUAAAACACAGGCAGCUUUGCAUGUUGGAGAAUAACAUACAUUACACCUUUUCUACAUGUCUUUUUUAAUUUGUAGUUCUUUCAGCUUUGUAAAGUAAUUACUGGAAAAUUCUGGUGUGACUUGAACACGACUGUGAGCGCAGUUAAGAAAACUUCUUAGUCCAGUGAAUUAUUUACAUGCCUUAUAUUAACAUAUUGAUACCAAAAGAUUUAAACGGAAGGCAGCUGUGAGAAACUCUCAGGUGUUCCAGUUUACAAAAUUUACUGAUCAAGUUAUAGAUCUAGAUUAUUUUCUCAUCCAUUAGCAGUGUUUUCUGAUUGUCAAACAAAUCACCGUCAAUCCUUCAUUAAGGCCCUUGAAGUCUAGAUGAGGUCCGAGCCAUAGGUAGUUAUUUACCAGCAGUAAAAGUAAAUAAAAUAAAAUGAAAUUGAAUAAUUUUUAGGUUUUCUUAGCUGAUAAAGAGACUUCAGAAAAGUCAGUCUCCUUCUAAAGCAGAUAAAAACUUCUGUCUUUAGCUCUACUGUAAUUUUCCUGACACCUGUCAUCUUAAAUUGUCUCUUCAUGAUCAUAUCAGUUAUUCAGUUAUUCAGUUUUAUUCAGCAGUGUUUCAUCUCCUUAAUUCUUUCAAAGUGCUUUUUUAAACAUGAAUUUUCAAAAUGUAAUCAUCUUUGAGAUUAAAGCUGAACUUUUUUUUUUUUAUCAAAAAAUUAUAUAAACACAUUAUUCAUGAUUGUUAACGUUAUUUUCUUCUUUCAUAAUGUCUCUGUGAUGAAAAUCUGAAAUAAAGAAUCAAGACUUGGAUUUUCCUUUUUCUUUCUUUCUUUCUUUCUUUCUUUCUUUCUUUCUUUCUUUCUUUCAUGUUAAGCAUUUGUUGGGGGGUCAAUAAGGUAUCACAUUAUUUAAUAUUGGCUAAAAUACCUGCUGGGAAAUACUGGAAACUUCAAGAAACAGAAAGUUUUUGAAAGCUUUUUUUUUUCCUCCAGUAAAAAAGGAACAAGGUUUGAUAUUUAAAUCCUUAACCUUUAUAUAUUGUGUCUCAUGUGCAGCUUUACUUUUGAUGUCAAUUUGUUUAGAAAAUAAAGAAAAUAAAGGCUGUUUUUAAUAUUUGCCUGGUUAUGUCACUUAUUUGAAGACAUGUAGACUUUGAGUUAUUAGCUUUAAAUAAUAUGUUCCAAUCCAAUACAUUUUAAUGAAUAAACAAGUUACUCACUACUUGAGAAAUCUUACAAAAGUACUUUUUUGUUUGAAUACUUCAUCUUCUACUUGAGUUAUUUUCCUCUAAAACAAACAUUACUUUUCUUGAGGACUAUUUUUAGUUUGCACCUUGUUCACCUUGUUUUGGUUUACAAAAAAAAGACCUAUAGGGAGAGAAGUAAUACUCACACAAUGGGCAUGACAUCCAUCUCUCCUCACCUUUUCAUACAAUGCACAUGUAUUGUUCUGAGAUAUGUGGGUGGCUCAGUAUGUUGUUUCAUGAGUCUAAAGUUUAGAAAAUUUCACAAAACCUGGGAUUUUUUUAGCCACAAUAUAUGGUCCUGAAUCUUUACAGAUUUAAAUGGCGAUACAAUAAGGCUUGUUACAAUUGUGUUUAUUUUGCUAGUGUUAGAUUUGUACUUUUCCACUGAACUAAUGCAAUUUAAUGAAUGUGUACAUGAUGUUCUCUGAGUUGUUGUUAUUCACCUGACAAAACCUGACAAUUAAUGAUACAUCUACUUCUCAGGAUAAACCUUUUUCAGUGGCAAAAUUGUGUUGAAAGAAAUAAAAGCCCAGACAAGAACUAUUAAUUCUACUUUUCAAGGGUUUCACAAUGUGUUUUGAUUUUAUUUUCUGACAGAGGGACUCAGAGGCUCUGCAUUCAUUUGCUUCAAUAGGCUGAGCGAAAAGUGUUCCGGACCACUAGUGUCCAAUACACAUGCAGAAACUCACAACUAUGUUGUGGUUCAGGUUUUUUAUGCUCAGACAUCUAAACAGCAGACCUCUAAAGCUCAGUCAUUUCAACUGGCAGUGCCUGACACUGGUUAAAACGAACAGCAGCACAAGCUUUUGUAUGAAGAAAAAAUAUUUUUUCCCAGAAUUUCUGUUGAUGUUGGAGAGCAAUUGGUCUUCUCUUGGAUAAUUUUUUCCCUUAACAAGUAAGACAACAUUAGGUAUUUUUUUUCAUAGACCUCAUCAGAGGGCAGAUUUAGGAAUGAUUAACGUAUCAGUGUGCAGGUGUUUUGGUUUCUUCAUUAGGGAUAGAUGAUUUUUUGAAUAAGAGUUACCUUUUGUAUUGAUUACUUUACCAGCAUGGAGGAUGCUAGCUUUUGAGACUUGUUAGGCUUUUUUACAUUGCCUCUACAAGAUAACUUUUACUAAAAAAAUUUGAAAGGCUGUGAUAUUCCUUUAACUUUUACAAAAAAAAAUUUAAUCAUACACUUUAUAUCAUAUAUCAUGUACUUUUAACUUAUGAUCCAACACUGAUUAACUUGUUGACUGUAGGAAUUUAGGAGAAUAAGAAAUUGAACUGAUAAUGUUAAAUAUUAAUUACAUAACAACAUUACAGUAUUUUACUUUAACGGAAAAAAUAUUCUUAUAAUGUUCCUCAGUGAGAAUAUCUGUCAUCGGGUGUGGCUGCGGUUGAAUGAAAACCAUAAGACAAGCCGGCAGAUAUGAUCAAAUAUAUCAGCUGGGUUUUUCUGCUAUUCUGUAAAUUCAGUCAAGACAACAAUUGCUAAAUAAGCUCAAUUGUAACUUCACUUUUAAAUUAAAAUGGCAAUCACAAUGUUUUUUUGUUGUAGUAAGGUCUUCAGGUUUAUAUUCUUAUGAAAUACUGUCUCCACAGACCAGAACUGAACCAUUUUAAGGACAUCUUGCUGCUAUGAUGCUCUUCAGAAGACCACUGGUUUUCAUACCCCUCAUGUAUUUCUCUGUCAUCGGAAUGUUUUCAACAACGUCAUGGAUUUUAUCUUAUUACCAAACCUUUUUUCCACCUCAGAACACAACCCUCUGUGCAUGUCAAAACUGUAUAAUGGAGUAUGCACCAGGAUUAAGUGAACUUUUGGAAAAAGCUCCUGAGCCCUUUUUGUCAACAAAAAACAACUUAUCUGAGAGUAACUUUAAUUGGUGGCAGGUAAGGAUCAUCUUCUGCAUCUUGAAUCAGUAACAAUCUUAGAGACAUUUUCAAGCCUGUUCCAAACAAUAAAGAGUAAGCCAUUGAACUUGUACCAGAGUAUAAAAAAGAAAGAUCUCUGCAAACACAGACAACCCUCUUGUGGUGAUUGUGAGGAACUUUUUUGUCAGGGUCUAUACAUUUCUUUGUCACAGAAAACUAUGGAAGGGCAGUGGUGAGUUUUCACAUAAAAAAAACAUGAUGUGGGAAGACAGAUAAAUUUUCUGUGACUUUAAUUUCUAGAAAAUGGGAUUACACCAUAAAUUUGUGUUCAAUCAAUCAAUCAAUCAAUCAAUCAAUCUUUAUUUAUACAGCACUUUUCAUAAAAGACAAUGAAGCACAGAGUGUUUUACACAGAAGAAUACAAGGAAGAAAGAAUACCCAACUCUACCCCACCCUAUGCCUGUCCCUCAUUGAGAAUAUCUGUCAUCGGAUGUGGCUGAUCCAAACACAUUAGGAGCGAGUUUUAAAAUGCAUGACUUGAGAAGAGCUUGAUUUAGUAAGAACAGGAAUAUCCACACUGAGGAAACGCCAUCUUCAAAUUCAAGAUGAGGAAACACUUGAGGUUAGGUUAAACUUUAAAGACAAAGUAACAUAAAAUGAGAUUUAAGAAAUAAAAGAUUAAAAUAAAAAUAGAUUUCAGGCUCCUUCCGCCAAGUGCUGACUGAUUCGGUGAUUCAGUAAACAAAUCUUUUGAACGUAUCUUUAUAGUGAACUGAUUCAAGUGACUCAGUACAUCUAAAAGAACUGACAUGCCCUCAUUAUUUCCGCCAAAACAUGUCAAGGUACAUGUAAAAGAUUACAUGUCUAAGAUAAAAGAAAAAAAAGAACACAGUGACGUACAAAGAUUAAAAAGAGUAGGGCCUAAAACGGAACCUUGCGGAACAACACACUUCAGGUCAAAACAUUUCAAUGAGCGAUCCCCAAACUUCACAUAACAUUGUCGGUCACCAGAGAUGCCAAUCAAGUGAAUAAAUUUGUGUUGUGCUUUGUUUUGUUUUUGUUUCAGCAUCUCCAGGGUGAAAAAUGUAGCUUUGGUUCGUACAAUAAAACAGUGGAAAAGGUCUUUCAGAUGUUCCCAAAUCCAGUACUGACAGAACCCAGCUCUGAUCGCUGCAGGACCUGUGCUGUGGUUGGGAACUCUGGUAUUUUGAAUGGAUCACACUAUGGACCUCUGAUAGAUUUUCAUGAUAUCGUUAUAAGGUACAGUCAAUUGAUAGCUUUUCUACAAAAUCCUAAAGCAAAAUACAAUUUACCACAAACAUAAGAAUACCAUCAUUUUGAGAAGUCUGGUUUCAGAACAAGAGUUUAAUAUAGAAUGGUCUUUAGAUAUUCACUGAAAUUAAACUUAUAGACUCUCCCCACCAUUUGACACAUUCAAGGGGUAUUUAUUCUAUUCCACAUAUCUAUUCUGUAAAUACAUGUUUUUCAGACUCAGGUCCUCUGAAAAUUAUUUAUUUUUGCCCCUUUCCGUGAAAUAAAAUAAAUGUCCUUUGUAUCCUUUAGAAUGAACCAAGCUCCAACCAAAGACUAUGAAAAAGAUGUUGGAACCAAAACUACACAUCAUGUGAUGUAUCCUCACAGUGCUUAUAACUUGGACAACUCCACACGUCUUGUGCUGUUUCCAUUCAAGACAAGUGAUCUCGAGUGGCUUGUCAAAUCCUUCACUCCAAGGUAGGUCCGACAUUUAAUUCCUGCACAAGUUAAAGAUGAGUACAGAACAUUAAGACAACAGAAGGAUGCCGUAUGUCUCAUUGAGGAAGGACAGACCGUAAUGCUUUUUGUUUUCUCCAACAGAGAUGAUAAAACCAAGGUCUCUGGGUUAGAAGCUAACAAAGAUUUGGUGAGUAUCAUGACUUAUGGACAAUAUUUAUACGAUUAUGAUUACAACUAAAACUGACAAAAUGAUUAUUUUCUUAAUAACGAAGCAACGUUUAACUUGAAUAACUCAUUGAUAUAUUCAGAGAAAUGUUCUUGAAUGUUUAAAAGUCCAACUUUACUCCUGAACAGGUGAUGAUCCUCAACCCAGCUUUCAUGAAAUAUGUUCAUCAUGUCUGGUUGCAUAAAAAGGGCAUGUAUCCAUCCACUGGCUUUAUAACUUUGAUUCUGAGUUUGCACAUUUGUGAUGAGGUAGGUUCAAUCCUAAAUGUUGCAUUAAUCACUUUUUUGAACAUUUUAAACUCUUCAGAGUAUCCUGACACUCCACACUAGCUCCUUAGUUGUUUUGAAAAGGCCUGACUUCAAACCCAGGUACUAAAAUAAUUACCCUUUCUUAUUUUAAAAACAGAACAAGAACCAAACAGCUCUCAAUGGUUUAGCCAGUCAAUAUUCAACCACAUUACACUGAUUAUAUUAGGCCUCUAACUCAAUGAUCCUAUUCUGGUGAUCUAAACUGCCCAAAGUGCUCUGUGCAAAGUGGAUUAGUGUGUGUCCCACCAUACCUUCUAUUCAAGCAGCGCCUGAUCUGGGAACUACUUGAGGUGAGAAGAUGUUGGACUGAGUCCCUUAGAUAAGCAAAGGUGUGUGUCUUUUUCUACCAAUCAAAGGUGACAUACAUAUUGUGAUGUGUUCUGUCAUCUUUCCAACUAUGAGGAAAUACGAGGAGAGCAUUGUGCCAUUGGCAAUGACCUAGAUGCUUUUCUCAAGAUAUCAAGUUGUGGCUUCCCACUUUUUAAAAGCAGAUGAGCACUUCUGUCGCUGCUGCAACUCAGGUAAAAAGAAAAAGAAAAAAAGCACAUUAAGAUUCCCUAUUGUCUCUACAGGUGGAUGUGUUCGGCUUUGGAGCAGACAGACGUGGAAACUGGUAUCAUUACUUUGAACGUCUAAGAAGUCAAAAGUUGAGAACUGGAAAUCAUCCUGGAAUACACGAGUAUGAAAUUCUUCUUCAAUUACAUAGGCAAAGAAAAAUCACAUAUUUCAGAGGAUGGUGA